UAAAAAAAAUUUAUAAAAAAAAAAUGUUUUAAAAAUUUUUAUGUAAUCGUCGUACUUACGUGUGUAAGUAUAUGUACAUAUGUGUAUAUUAUAUAAAAAAAAGAACAAAAAAUGAAUAUUUUAUGAUCUACCACACAUUUAAAUUGAAAAGCGACGGGAACAUUUGGAAAAUUAUAAAAAUAAGAAGCAAAAGUUAUAAAAUCCUUUUAGUUUUUUUUCCUUCUAAAAUUUUCUUGUUGUGUACUCUUUCAUUUUAUUGUGAUCGGUAAAAGUAAAAUGUCUCAAGUCUAGUCAAAUUGAUUUUAUGCAAUAAUAACUGUAAAAUAAAAAUAAAAGCAGAAAUAAAUAAAAGUAAGAGCCGUAAAAAUAAUAACGAUUUUAAAUUUAAUAUUAUGAGUGCAUGAAUCUACGGAAACUUAAAAGAAAUAAGAAAUUUAAACGAAAUAAAAAAUAACUGCGAUUGAAAAUAAAAGAAUUUUUUUCUUCAAUAUACUCGUAAUAACGACGUCGGAAAAAUCAACAUACGCGAAAAUAUUAUUAUGUGAAUGAACUUGAAAAAAUUUAUUUUAUUCCCCGUAAAAAUAACAAUAAAUUUUCAUUAAACAAAAUAUCAUCGAAGGAACGUACGAGUAUAUAAAAAGCAUCGCGAUCAAAUUAUUUUAUAUACCUACCUAAAAUUUGCAGUUCAUUUUAAACUCCCAUAUGUACGGAUGUUUGCUCCAGUUAUAAAAUGAAAUUUUAUGAGAAAAUUUUUAUUAUAUAAGGAAAAUGUAAAAGAAUUUGUUAUAAAACAAAAUACUCAAGUAACUGUUAUUUUUUCAAUGAGAUUUUAGAAAAUUUUAUGAAAUAAUUUGUAAAUAAAACGAUUUGAUUUUGAUUUCAAUCUCUGUUUUACAUUCACAUGUACAUACUAUAUGGACGUAAAUUUUAAACAUAACAUUAUUUUUAAUAAAAUAUGCAGAUAGAAAGAAAUGGAUGCUCGGCCAAAGUACCCAAUAUAAUUUUCAAUAAUCUUUGAAUAUUGUAUUCAAAUCAAAUAAAAAAUAAUUGCUAUUUUAUAAUGGAACUUUUAAAACUAAUGAUGUAUAAAAAUGAUUUUUUAAAUAAUAGUGAAAAUAAUAAUAAUAAUAAUAGUCUUUAUAAUAAUAACAACAUGAAAUUAGAAGAAGAUAAUCGUGUGCCACCAAUUCAUCUUGAUAAUUUACCAGCUUUUUUAAUUUCAACCAUACCAAAAUGCGGUGGAUGCCAUGAAAUGAUUUUGGAUCGUUUUAUAUUAAAAGUUCUUGAAAGAACAUGGCAUGCCAAAUGCCUUAAAUGUAGUGAAUGUCAUGCUCAAUUAAAUGAUAAAUGCUUUGCACGUAAUGGUCAACUCUAUUGCAAGGACGAUUUCUUUAAGCGAUAUGGCACUAAAUGUUCAGCAUGUGAUUUAGGUAUACCCCCAACUCAAGUCGUUAGAAGGGCCCAAGAUAAUGUGUAUCAUCUUCAAUGCUUUGUAUGUGUUAUGUGUCAAAGGACACUAAAUACUGGAGAUGAAUUUUAUUUAAUGGAAGAUAGAAAAUUAGUAUGCAAGCCAGAUUAUGAACAAGCAAAAGCUAAAGGACUGUAUUUGGAUGGUUCUUUGGAUGGUGAUCAACCAAAUAAAAGGCCAAGAACAACGAUCACAGCAAAACAACUCGAAACACUUAAGACUGCUUAUAACAAUAGCCCAAAACCAGCAAGACAUGUAAGAGAACAAUUAUCACAGGAUACUGGUUUGGAUAUGAGAGUAGUACAAGUAUGGUUUCAAAAUAGACGAGCUAAGGAGAAACGACUGAAAAAGGACGCUGGUCGUACCAGAUGGAGUCAAUAUUUCCGUUCAAUGAAAGGUGGCAGUUCACCAUCACAUCACGACAAAUACCUUGAUAAAGAUGAAUUAAAAAUAGAUUACGAUAGUUUUAGUCAUAAUGAUUUAAGUAAUGAUAGUUAUAGUACAGUCAAUUUGGGUUUAGAAGAUGGAGCUUCACCGCAUAGCGUACGUGGUUCAUAUAUGCAUGGUAGUAAUAGUCCUCCUCCAUAUCCAUCUAGUCAUUCACCCCCACCUUUAGGUCAAGGACAUUCAUUUGGUUCAUAUCCUGAUAAUAUAGUUUACACACCGUUAGGUCACUCAGUCAAUUCUAUGAUGCAUAGCUCAAAUAAUGCACAUCAUCAUCAUCUUGGAAGUGGUGUAUCUGAUUCAAAUGAUUCUAGCCCAGUACAUGGUUAUCCAGAUUUUCCACCAAGUCCAGAGUCAUGGCUAGGUGAUUCGGGUAGUACAACAGCAACAACAGCAAACAAUAAUAAUAACAAUCAUAACAAUAGUAACAAUACUAAUAACAAUAGUACGAAUAAUAAUAACAAUAACAAUAGUAAUAAUAACAACCCAACUCAAAAUAAUACAACACCAAAUGUGCAUUACUGAUAUUCAAAAUUGUUAGCAUGACAUGCAAAACACUAUAAAGAUGCUAUAAAUGCAUCUUUAAAUUUAAUAACAUCACCAUUAACAUCUUCAACAACAAUAGACAAAUCUUCAGCAUUAAAUGUUCAAAAUAAUUCAUUUUUUAAUCAAACAAAUAAUUUAUUAUUAUUACAACAGGCACAUAAUUCAUUUUUAAAAUCCGUAAUUGGAAAAAGUUAAAAUAUUAUUUUUAAAAAAAAAAGGCAUAACGUUAGGCGGAUCAUUAAUCGAAAUGACAAUGAAUAGAAUUUUUUUUUGUACACAUUGUUUUUCUUUCAAUACCUGAAAGCUUCUUCAGUAUAUUUUUUUCUGAAUUAGUAAAAUUGGUUUUUUUUUUGUUCAAGAGGAGUCUUAAUUAUAAAAAAAUAAUUUUAUAAGUACAAAAUUGCUGCUAUUACCAGAGAGAAUUUACAAAAAUGCACAUACACUAAUCGGAAAUUUACAUUAUUCAAUUAAAAUUGUAUUGCUCAGUCGGCCAAAUUAACAUAAGAUAUGCGGUUUGGUAGACAUCCAAAGAUUCUUCUUGAUUUUCUAUUAUAGUUUCUUUUAUUAAACGAAUGACGAAAAAUAAGACAAAAUCUAUCAAUGAAAAGUGUACAAGAAGCAAACAAAAACUUACCUAUAUUAUUCAAAACAUGAGUAAUUUAAAAUAAUUAGAUUUUAAUUUAGAUACACAUAUGACAGUUCCGAAGCUACUAUACAAAUUAUUCUAAAUUCAAAUUAUAGUUUUAUUAAUUUUACAAUUGACUUAAAUACUGAAUUUAUUUUUAAAUUCAAAAGAUUUGCAAAAUUUGCUGUCUACUUGUGCACUAACAUACUUUGAUAAAUACAAAUACAUUGAACGAAGCUUUCAAUCUGAAAAAUCUAAUUUUAUUUGUAAUCCAUAUUGUAAAUCAUCCAUAUUGUAAAUAUUUUCAUGUUUGAAGUAUUUGACUUUUAUUUUUUCAAUAUGUAGAAGUGAAUUUAUUAGUAUAGU